UAAUGGUGCCGCAGCAAAGUGGUUCAUUUCUUUUGGGAAAACACGCCCACUACUUUGGGAAAAAUCAAGGUCAUUCACAAAUUCACCAUCAGCUGUGCGCAAUUGUCUGCAGCGGCCAAUGAGCGAAGAGAUACGAGAAGUCCAACACCCCGCAGCUGAGAUUAGGAAAACCUGUGGCGCAAUGCAGGGAAGGCGCAUUUGAGCUUGAAGGUGGAGGUGAGGAUUUUAAGUGCUUCAUGGGAACUAAAAGGCCGCAGGAGCGUUGUAGGUGGUAAUGGUGCGCCAAGACGACGGGCUACUUUUUGCGCAUUUGCUAAGCAGCUUCCUCUCGCUCACUCAGCUUUCUUGAUUUUUGCAAGAAGAUCACAUCGUCUGCAGUAUGUCUGAAAGAUCUCAGAGUCCAGGUUCGGAGUGCCAAACCCGGCCUUAUGACUUCAGCAGGGCCAGCUCCUGCACCCAGGGUUUGGAUCAGGACGGAUUGAGCGGCGCUGCGUCAUUCCAGAUGCCUCCUGGCGUGUUGCCAGACCCGAACCUUCUGUACAACAAAAGCGCCUACAGUGGGCUGACCUCGUCUUCGGGUCAAACCUUUUUCCCUUUCCCACCCGUCGGAAAUGACUACAGGGGAGCUGAGCAUCAGAUCGGGGAGUUUGGACAACCCAAACACUGGUAUCUCUUCGCUGCGCCGGAGUACACCGGACAGGUACCCGGUGUACCGGUGGCGGCGCAGCCGUCAAACCCAAGCCCCCCCUUAGCCGCCACCAGGGAGCAAAUCAAACUGGCCCAAAUAAAGACUGAGAAGGACAGUGGUGAGGAUUACCCCACGGAGGUGAUGGUUCAGCAGUACGCGGCACCUUCGGCCUCCACGCCCCACGGCGUCUACUACUCGGGGCCUUGGAACCCGUCCUUCUGGCCCGGACUUCCCCACAUGGCACCGCCCGGCGGCGGCAGCAGCAACAGCAACCAGAACCACUCGGCACCCUCGACGUUCCCGUCCAUGUCCCCGUCACCCCCCAGCAACGGCCUGCCAAGGAGCGCCUUCUUCAGUGGGAACGCGUCGCAGGCCGCCAGCGGGGCCCAGACGCAGAACCCGACCUCCUCUACGCGCAGCAGCGGCUCCUCCAGCGGAGGGUGCAGCGACUCAGAGGAGGACAACCUCUCCACUGAGGAGCUGGAGCAGUUUGCCAAGGAGCUGAAACACAAACGAAUCACUUUGGGUUUCACUCAAGCUGACGUUGGUCUUGCCCUGGGGAAGCUUUAUGGUAAGAUGUUUAGCCAGACGACUAUCUGCCGCUUCGAGGCUUUGCAGCUGAGUUUUAAGAACAUGUGCAAGCUGAAGCCCCUCCUUCAGAGAUGGCUGAAUGAGGCAGAGACCUCAGAAAACCCCCAGGAUAUGUACAAAAUUGAGCGAGUGUUCGUUGAUACCAGGAAGAGGAAGCGGAGGACCAGUCUGGAGGGAGCUGUGCGCUCUGCUUUGGAGUCCUACUUUGUCAAAUGUCCCAAACCAAACACCCAGGAGAUCACACACAUCUCAGAUGACCUGGGCCUGGAGAGACAGGUGGUGCGUGUGUGGUUCUGCAACAGGAGACAGAAAGGAAAGCGCCUGGCCUUGCCGCUGGAUGAGGAGUGUGAGGGUCAGUACUACGAGCAGAGUCCCUCACCGCUGAACAUGACCACGUCGCCUAUUCCCAGCCAGGGUUACCCUCCUUCCAGUUACCCCGGAGGCCCGCCUGCGCUCUACAUGCCACCUCUUCAUCGACCCGAUGUCUUGAAGCAAGCUCUGCAUCCUGGACUGGUUGGUCACCUGACUGGGUAAACAUGUUCCGCUUCUCUAUCCACAGAUUGUGUUUUUGCCCAGAUUAAGGUGGUGAUGGAUAAGUCCCUUUAGCAGUUUUUGGGACAGAGCUGUUUAAAUGAAGCUUUAGCAGGUUGAUUCAGUGUAGUCUGCUGUACCAGUUGGUAAGAGACUUUAUCAACCACUUCCCUUUUUUAUGUUUCGAGUCCCCCCAUCCCAC